CGGACAACCUACAGGGUACAUGAGAUGGAUAACAGGUAACCUGAGAAACCAGGAGACAUAUGUCACAGGUCAACAGCCUCUUACACCACAAGAACUAAACUACACUCAGUCCCUGACUCUGUCAGAUCAUGGUAGCACUUGGUUCAGAUGUGACAUCGUGUGGGGGACGACAACCAUCCAGGGAGAGAAUUACACCGCUAGUGUAGGAUACGCAGCCCAAGUCCCACGAUUUUCUGCUAACGGUCGUGAAGGAAGUAAGACUGUGAUGGAGGGUCACCAGGUACACUUAAGGUGUGAAUCGGAGGGCCGACCCACUCCAACUGUCUUCAUUUAUAACAACGACAACGACACCGUUAUCAGAAACAACUCGUCUCCUGUCAUCGACACUUUCAUCGCUCGCUGUGAGGACACAGCUACCUACACGUGCUCUGCGUGGAAUGAGUUUUCUAAUAAACCAGACUUAGUUAACUCUUACAACCUCAGCCUUUAUGUCGGUUGUAAGCCGCGAAGUUAUUCGGCCAAUGACAUCGGCAAGAUCCCUUUUCGGAACAAAACAGAAGAACUAAUGUUUGACAUCAUCUCGUACCCAGUCCCCCAUAAGUAUGAGAUAUGGUUUGUAGGACCUGUGCUGAACAGUAGUAUCAGCUCCUCUGAGAAAUAUUCAGAUUCAGUGAUGAAUGUUACCUGUAAUACCCAACCAAACCGUAAGUACAUGGCCAGAUGUAAGCUCACAGUCUUCAACAUCCUUUCUGAAUAUGGCUUGUACAAGUUGUUGGUCAUCAACGAACAUGGCAAUGAAACUUUUACUGUUGAGAUCAUCCACAGUACCACAGACACGACACGUACGUUGGCCUGA